GUCUCCGCACUCUAGAUUUUCUCAGGGUUUAUUAUUAUUAUUUAUUGUUUGCGUUUCUGUUGUGGAAUUUAGGGUUUCUGUUGCGAGUUCAAUUUAGGGUUUCUUAACGCGAUCUCGGACCGUUUCUUCGGGAUACUAGUGAAUUAGGGUUACUUAGUCGAUUUGAGAAAUCAAUUUGAUUUUAACAAGUAAUUCGUGCUAUUUUGACGAUCUCAAAGAAUGCCUCCACGGACUGUGAAGAGAGGUGCCGCGGCAGCGGGGCCCAAGAGGGCUCUGCGAGCCUCGAGAGGAGCAGCCAAGGGACAAAAUCAGCAACCGGAAGUUGUAGAAGGGACUCCAAAGACGGAGGAAAGGCCGGUUGUUGAUGAAAAACCUCAGGUGGAGGAGAAACAACUUUUCGAGAACAAGCCAGUUACAGAGGAAAGGCCAGGUGUAGAAGAUGAAGUUGGAGCCAAAUUAGAUGCUAACGGCUCGGCUUCUUUGAAAAAAGGGGAAGAGGUUAAGGAAUCUGUAGAUGAGUAUGAAAAAGAUGAGCGAUUGGAGCUCGAUGAUAAUGAACCUGAAUAUGAACCUGAAGAAUAUGGUGGAGUGGACUAUGAUGAUAAAGAAAUCGAACAAGAGGUUGUUCAGGUGGAGGAGGAGGUGGGGGAUGACGUGGAGGAAGAACAUGAGGAUCAUGUGAGUGAAGAAGAAGAGGGUGAUCUGGUGGAAGAGGAACUGGAAGAUGCUGCUGAAGAACUUGAGGGUGAAGAGGAUGAUGAGCAUGCUGGUGAGGAGGCAGAUCAUGCUGAGAUGGUAGAUGGUGAGGAAGAGGAUCACCAUGAAGUUUUCAAGGAGAGACGCAAGCGUAAGGAGUUUGAAGUAUUUGUAGGAGGUUUAGACAAAGAUGCUACACAGGAUGAUCUUAAGAAAGUCUUCAGUCGAGUUGGCGAGGUUACUGAAGUCAGGUUGAUGAUGAAUCCCCAGACGAAGAAAAACAAAGGAUUUGCAUUCUUGCGUUUUGCAACUGUGGAACAAGCGAAAAGAGCUGUUACAGAGCUCAAAAAUCCAGUGAUUAAUGGAAAACAAUGUGGUGUUACGCCAAGUCAAGACAGUGACACUCUUUUCUUGGGUAACAUUUGCAAGACAUGGACAAAGGAAGCUUUGAAAGAGAAGUUAAAACAUUAUGGAGUGGAGAAUGUUGAGGAUUUGACACUGGUAGAGGACAGUAACAACGAAGGAAUGAAUCGUGGGUUUGCCUUUUUGGAGUUUUCAUCUCGUUCAGAUGCUAUGGAUGCUUUUAAGCGUCUUCAGAAGAGAGAUGUUUUAUUUGGGGUUGAUAGGCCUGCAAAGGUUUCAUUUGCAGAUUCAUUCAUCGACCCUGGUGAUGAAAUUAUGGCACAGGUCAAGACUGUGUUUAUUGAUGGUCUGCCUGCUUCAUGGGAUGAGGACCGUGUUAGAGAGCUGUUAAAGAAAUUUGGGGAGAUUGAAAAGAUUGAGCUUGCUCGGAAUAUGCCAUCUGCCAAGAGAAAGGACUUUGGUUUUGUUACAUUUGAUUCUCAUGAUGCUGCAGUGACUUGUGCUAAAAGCAUUAAUAAUGCAGAGUUGGGUGAAGGAGACAACAAGGCUAAAGUUAGGGCCCGGUUAUCAAGACCACUUCAGAGAGGAAAAGGGAAGCAUGCAAGUCGUACAGAUUUCCGAGGUUGGUAUGGGGGUAGAGUUGCUAGAGGUCCAUGGGUUCGUCCAACAAGAGGACUUUCAAGCCGUGCUGCACCAGCCAGCGUAAAGAGGCCUGCAGGAUUGAGAGAUAGACGCCCACCUGUGAUGUCAAUGGCAGCAAGAGGCAGGCCCUUGCCACCUCCUCCCAGGUCCUAUGAUAGGAGAGCACCUGCUCCAGUGUACCCAAAGAGUAGCUUAAAGAGGGAUUAUGGUCAGCGUGAUGAACUUCCUCCUCCAAGGAGCAGAGCUCCUGCAGAUUAUGGUUCUAGGGCUGUGCCCGAGAGACGGCCAUCCUCCUAUAGAGAUGAAUACUCCUUACGUGGCUCUGGCUAUUCGGAUAUUCCUAGAGGCACAUCUCGUACUUCAGCAAGGAGAGCAUAUAUAGAUGAUGGCUAUGGCCAAAGGUUUGAGAGGCAUCCUCCAAAUUACCGUGAAGGACGUGCACGUGAUUAUGACUCUAUUUCUGGGUCAAAACGUCCAUAUUCAUCAAUGGAUGAUGUUCCUCCACGUUAUGCUGAUGCUGCUCCUCGCCAUUCAAGGGCUCGAUUGGACUAUGAACUUGGCCCGGGUUCUUCUCAGUACGGGGAGGCAUAUGGUGAUAGAAUUGGCAGAUCUAAUGUGGGAUAUGGGGGAAGCAGAAGUUCUAUUUCUAGUCAGGAUUCACAUGGGCUAUAUAGCAGCCGUCAGGGUAUGAGCUAUGGAGGUUCAUAUGGUGGCAUGUACCAUGCAUCAAACUAUGGUGGUGACUAUAUGUCCCGUGGCAGUGAUGUUGGCGGUAGGUCUUACUCAUCCAUGUACUCCAGUCGUGGCAUGGGUGGCAGCAGUUACAUGGGCUCUGGUGGUGGUUCAGGAUCUUAUUAUUGAUAUUUGAAAUGACAAAGAGGAUGCUGUAGGAUGUGGACCAUAUGAAGCUUAUGCUUUAUGAUGCUUACAUUUUUUGGAGACAGCAUGUGUCAAGCAUAGUAGCCUCUAGAUGUUGGUGGAAAAUGUUUGGGCUUAAAGUUUUGCAGUAAUGGAAGGGCAGCUUUGCUUGAAGUCUUUCUUUUUUUUAGAUCUGCAGAUUGGAUAUUUGUCAAGUCCUAAGCUCUUAUGAUGUAAGGAAAAUUUCACUGCUUCAAGGAUGAAAACAAGAAUUGCUUAAUAUAUGUAUGAAUUUGAUCUUUUGUUCUCAAUUAUAUACUUAAGUUCUUCAGCUGAUGGAUGUUGGAAGUCAUGCUGUGUCAUCUGUUACAGCAUGUUUAUUGAGAACUUGAGAUACUGGUGCAUUUUAUAUAUUGGUAAGGGAUUUUGGAUAUUUGUUAUGAUAAAGUCAUUGGAUAAGUUUAAGACUUGGAAGGUAUUUUAAUUGUGGUAGGAGCGUGUUCUCUAUGAGUGCCAUAAUUCUUGUGUGAAUGGAAAGGGAGUUGUCGACCGAGCUACUGACCUUGAUAGUAAGUUAAUUCCCACAUUAUGUAGGCUUACAUAAUCCUGCUGCAGUUUGUUUGAACUGUAAAUCAAGGAUCCAUUAUUCAGAGCAUACUGGAACUCAUUGGUGUGCUUAUAUUGGAAGUCCAUGAUGUCUAUGGCUUAUGAAGCAUCAGUUAUUUCAAUGCGCCAUAAUAUGAUAAUACAUUUGGAAAUUCUAUUGCUGAUAUUAUAUUUGUUACUGAAUGUAUUGCAUUUAAAUGGAAUGGGUUGAUAACUUCCAAGGAAAUAAACUGACUUUUUUGUUGUUGCAUAUAUAGUUAUUGCUUGUGUAAGUUGGAGUAUAUUACAUGGAGUUGAAAUGAUAAAAAGCUUUCUUUCUCAGCACUCACCAGCUGUAAAACCAUAGUUGUGCUUGCAUAGCAAAAGGACAUUUGCCUUUUUAUUUGAUAAUGCCAUUCAUCAAAUAAUUCAUCUGUAGUUUGGCUGCUAUUUCAUUCAUAUGUUGUACAAACUGCUGUAUGAUGCGGCACAGGCUGCUUGUUUUAUUGGUGGAAAACAUGUCAUUGAUUCAUCAAAUACUUGGUGCUUUCUGUGGGAUAGUGAAGGCUGGAAGUAAGCAUUUUUACAUGGAUCUUUUACAGAAACUCGGUUGGGGCACUACAAUGGUUGCAGUAUUCUUUGGUUUCAGUUGAUAUUCUGGUUGCUAUGGUGAGCAAUGUCAUCAUGGUUGAAAAGGUUGGAGUAUUUCUCGAGGGAAUAUUGUGUCGCUUAGUGAUUGAGUUGCACUAUUGGAGUUCUUCUGUGAUAUCAAGUAGGUAAAGGCUUGUGGUUUAUAAUAAGCUGCCCCCAUUGAGAACUUAAAGCAUUAAUAGUCAUGCAAACAAGAAUUUGACUGCAAACUUAGAUUGUUGCGGUUUUCUUGCUUGCAUAAAGUUGGUUUAGCACCGAGUACAAGAAUGUAAUCUCAAUGGCUGAGAAAAAUUGAUUAUCUGUUGGGCUCUGUGCCCUACAAGGACUCUGUUCUAUGCAGUAAACAACUUACCAUUUCUUGAUUUGGAGGUUAUCGCAUGGUUUAGGGCUUUGGAAUCAGUUCAAAUGGCUACUUGCAGGACGUAGCCAUUCUUUACUAGUUUUAAGAAAAUCUCCUAUUCGAUGAAAAUCUCCAAUUCGAUGAAAAAAGAAAAUCGCCCAAGGAUGGUUUUCAUACCUUCCAUUCAUUUUAUGACACACCACUUUUUGAUUGUAUAGGGUGUUGUGUUUUGCAUCUUAACUUUGUGACAUGAUUUAUGAUUUCUGAUUUCUGAUUUCCUGUGAUUAACCAUAGAUGUUUGUAUUUUGAGAGGGAGCGGUGGUUUUUUCAGAGGUUGAGCUCCUACCAGUUUUUUUUCUUUGCAAUGAUUCCUCUACAGCUAGGUGCUAUUGAUUUUGUUACUCUGAAAAUUUCUGCAAUAUUUGGCUUUGUGAAAAAUUGUGGAAAAUUUAGUGAUUGGCCAUUGUAAUGAAUUCUCUCCCUGUUCCUGCUGCUGUAAACGUGUUUACAUAUCGUAUGCAGAUGCAACAAAAUAUAAGAGAGUAAGUCCACAAUUUCCCAGUAUAUGUUUGACUUGUAGUGGCAUAAAAACGAAUGUUUUCUUCUACUAUUUGGUGCAAUUGGAAAACCAGAUUUGCAUUUAAUCACUGAGGUGGCAGGAAGAUAUCUCUCUCUUUUCAUGGUUCAGCGUAUCAUCGUUAUCUUGUGUUCCUUUGCAACCUUCGACGCUUCCCUCUCCUUCAUAUAUGCCGUUCUCUCUAUUUGCGUAAUCCCACCCUAAACUCUAUUUGAGGAUGUCAUCAAGCAAGAGUAGGCUCUCUCGCUGCCUUGAUAAAGUUCCUCCUGUCGUCGACUUCAAGUUUGUGUGCUCAAUUAUAGUAGAUGGAUUCGGGCUGAUUGCUGAGCAAUACGAAUGGUAGCAUAGUCUGAUCAACCAAUUGGAUUUAUAAUGAUUUGUUAUUUCAAUUUUAAAAACCUUCUGUAAAAAUUUGUAACGUACUUGUUAAUGAAUUAUUAGUUUUGUUCAUUCA